UCUCUCUCUCUCUCAGUGUGAGUGCAGGAAAAUGGCAGAGGCCAGUAUUUCAGUAGAUCAGGAUCACUUCAGCUGUCCACUGUGUCUGGAUCUCCUGAAUGACCCAGUGACUACUCCCUGUGGUCACAGUUUCUGUAAGGUGUGUAUUAAUGCUCACUGGGAUCAGGAGGAUGUGACGGGCGUCUACAGCUGUCCUCAGUGUAGAGAGACUUUCACUCCAAGGCCUGUUCUACACAGGAACAACAUGCUGGCUGAAGUGGUGGAGAAACUGAAGAAGACUGAACUCCAAGCUGCUUCUCCUGCUCACUGUUACACUGGACCUGGAGAUGUGGAGUGUGAUUUCUGCACAGGGAGAAAACACAAAGCCGUCAAGUCCUGUCUGGUUUGUCAGGCCUCCUAUUGUGAAGAUCAUCUUAAACCUCACUAUCAGUCUCCUGCCUUUAAGAAGCACAAGUUAGUUGAAGCCUGUGCAGAGCUCCAAGAGAAGAUCUGCUCUGAACAUGACAAACUGAUGGAGAUCUACUGUCGUACUGACCAAAGCUUCAUCUGUUACUUGUGUACGAUGGAAGAACACAAAGGUCAUGAUACAGUUUCAGCUAAAGCAGAAAGAACUAAAAAACAGAAUGAGUUAAAGGAGGAUCAGAUAAAAUCCCAGCAGAGGAUCCAGGAGAAGCAGAAGAAGGUGCAGGAGCUGAAACAGACUGUGGACAUUAUUAAGAUACGUUCACAGGCAGCAGUAGAUGACAGUGAGAGGAUCUUUACUGAGAUGAUGAUUCCUCUGGUGACAAAUAAACGGCUGGCCACUCCGUUAAAGAUCAUCUACCAGUCUCACAGGCUAGGCUCGCCAUCUCGGUUCAUCCAGACUUUCUAG